GUUAGCAUUAACUUUAGACUUUAGUACCUACUUAUAGAGAACACAACUUUUAAUAACCUCCCUUACGUCCAUGUAACAUACCUUGAUUUAUUUGAUUUGUAGCACCUAUGAUAAUACCUACCUAGCCACCAUCGUGAUCGCAUAGCCAAGCCAACCAUUAACAAAUAUACCCGCCCAAGAUGCCACAGGCUCUCACCCUCAAAAAAGUCGACGGCAAGCCCGGCCAAGUCUACUACCCCCUCCAAAUCAUCCAAGUCCCCAAGCCCAAACCCGGCCCCAACGAGGUCCUAGUCCGGAUCCACACCGCAGCCCUCAACCACCGCGACUUCUUCAUCCGGCAACACCUCUACCCGGGCAUAUCCUUCACCAACCCCUUACUAGCCGACGGUUUCGGCACCGUAGUCGAGUCCGGUCCCGGCCCGCGCUCCGCCCCCCUCCUCGGCAAGAAAGUCGUCCUAACCCCCUCCCAAGGCUGGACCAGCUCCCCCGCCGGCCCCGAGGACCCCGCAAAAUUCAGCGUCAUAGGCGGCACGACGCUCUACGCCGCCGGCACGGGCCAGGACUUCGUCCUCGUCCCCGCCGACGAGGUCGAGCUCGCCCCGCCGCACCUCUCCCCCGCCGAAGCAGCCGCCUUCCCGCUCGUCGGGCUGACGGCCUGGCGCGCCCUCGUGACCAAGGGCUUCGGCGGCGACGCUGACGUCUCCUCCGUCGCGGGCCGGAACGUUCUGGUCACGGGCAUCGGCGGCGGCGUAGCGCUGUGCGCGCUGCAGUUCGCCACCGCGCUGGGCUGCAACGUAUACGUGACGUCUAGCGACGCCUCGAAGCUCGAGCGCGCGCGCGCGCUGGGCGCCAAGGGCGGGGUAUCGUACAAGGAGCCCGCGUGGGAGAAGCAGUUGGCAGCGCAGCUGCCCGCGUCGCGGCCGUACCUGGAUCUAGUCGUCGACGGUGCGGGGGGAGACAUUGUGGGCAAGACGGUGCGGCUGCUAAAAGUAGGGGGUGUGAUAUCCAUCUACGGGAUGACGGUCGGGCCUAAGAUGGACUGGCUGAUGCAGGCCGUGAUGAAGAACAUCGAUCUCCGCGGCACGACGAUGGGAUCGCGCGCCGAGUUCCGGGACAUGGUGGAAUUCGUACGGAAGCACCAGAUACGACCUGUCGUGAGCCGUGUAGUCAAAGGCCUCGACAACAUAAAGGCUCUUGAUGACUUAUUCGAAGACAUAAGACAUGGGAAGCAAUUUGGUAAACUCGUCAUAGAAAUCUCCUCGCCCGAUGAAGACUCGGGCUCUAAACUAUAAAUCAAAGCCUGCCUAGGUUUACGAAGUAAACACGGCGUAUUAAUUAAUGGUAUCCUCUCCUAAGAGAAACCGUACAGGAUCACCACCAUCCAGUGAUUCAAGUAGCCAGACAAUAGUAUUAGCUAGGUUUCGAGAUG